AAAUUCUGCGUUCCUGUUCCGUGGCUUGCCUGGCGCGCUCCCGGCCGCCAGCCCGGGCAGGUCACUGAGGGGGUCCCCAGGGGGGUCCCCGGUGGCUCCUGCGUGGCUGCAGCUGCUGCGGGGUUGGGGCAGCUGAGAGCUGCUGGGGGGGCGGCCGGGAUUGGGUUGUUGAUCGCGUCCCUCCGAGGACUGCGAUUAGCGGCGUGCUACUCUCUGCUGCUCUGCUGCGGGAGACAGAGUGGUAUUUGCGUUCCCAUAGCAUGUUGUAAAAUGCAUGAGAUUUUGCUCAUCCUCCUUGGAAAUGAGAAUAGGAAAAUGAGAGCAUCCCGAAUCGGAAACUAAUAGAAGAGCCUGCAGAAACCUGCGGCAAUUUAUGCUUUAUUUUGCCUUCCUAGCUGUGGAUUAGAAGGACUGAUUUUUGCGAUGGGCUUUUUCCAUAAUGGCAUUCGUGUAUUGUUUGGUCAGAGCUCGCACAGGAGGAAAACAGGCUGCUGAAUUUAGUCACUGAUCUCUAUUAGCCGUGGCCUAAGGCUAUGCUGAGAUUUAUAUCCCAUUUGUAUUGUUGCAGCUCAAAAGAAGAAUGUUCAGAGGAUGACAAGUGUAUUCUGAGUAGUACCGUGGUGACAACAUGCCAUUGAAAUGGAAAACGAGCUCUCCUGCUAUCUGGAAAUUCCCAGUUCCUGUGCUUAAAACAUCCAGGUCAUCGCCACUUUCUCCAGCAUACAUAUCUCUGGUGGAAGAGGAGGAUCCUCAUAUGAAAGUAUCUCUCGGUAGCAGCGAUAUGGGCGUCUCUGCCCAUCUACAGUCUUCUAAGACAGGGACCACAAGAUUUUUCACCAGCAAUACUCACAGCUCUGUGGUGUUACAGGGUUUUGACCAGCUGCGAGUGGAAGGUUUGCUUUGCGACGUGACGCUUGUUCCCGGAGAUGGUGACGAGGUGUUUCCUGUUCACAGAGCGAUGAUGGCUUCUGCCAGCGACUACUUCAAGGCCAUGUUCACGGGAGGAAUGAAGGAACAGGAUUUAAUGUGCAUUAAACUUCAUGGCGUGAACAAAAUAGGUCUAAAGAAGAUCAUUGAUUUCAUUUAUACUGCGAAACUUUCCCUUAACAUGGACAACCUUCAGGACACUCUGGAAGCUGCCAGCUUUUUGCAGAUUUUACCUGUUUUGGACUUCUGUAAAGUGUUUCUUAUCUCUGGGGUUUCGUUGGAAAACUGUGUUGAGGUUGGGCGAAUUGCCAACACGUACAAUCUCACAGAAGUGGAUAAAUAUGUUAAUAAUUUCAUCCUGAAGAACUUCCCUGCGUUAUUAAGUACUGGUGAAUUUGUGAAACUCCCCUUUGAACGUCUUGCCUUUGUGCUUUCAAGCAAUAGCCUUAAGCACUGCACUGAACUCGAACUCUUCAAGGCGGCUUGUCGCUGGCUGCGCUAUGAGGAGCCUCGGAUGGAGUACGCUGCAAAGCUCAUGAAGAACAUCAGGUUUCCGCUGAUGACACCCCAGGAUCUUAUUAACUAUGUUCAAACAGUGGACUUCAUGAGAACUGACAACACCUGCGUAAACUUGCUUUUGGAAGCCAGCAAUUACCAAAUGAUGCCAUACAUGCAGCCAGUUAUGCAGUCGGAGAGAACUGCCAUUCGGUCGGACAGCACGCACCUGGUGACGUUGGGGGGAGUGCUGAGGCAGCAGCUGGUGGUCAGCAAGGAGUUACGCAUGUACGAUGAAAAGGCCCAUGAAUGGAAAUCCUUAGCUCCCAUGGAUGCACCGAGGUACCAGCACGGCAUCGCCGUGAUCGGAAACUUUCUUUAUGUAGUCGGGGGCCAGAGCAAUUACGACACGAAAGGAAAGACGGCGGUUGACACGGUCUUCAGGUUUGAUCCUCGCUACAACAAGUGGAUGCAAGUCGCAUCUUUAAAUGAGAAGCGCACCUUUUUCCACCUAAGUGCCCUCAAAGGACAUUUGUACGCAGUCGGUGGGCGAAACGCGGCGGGUGAGCUAGCCACUGUGGAAUGUUACAAUCCCAGAAUGAAUGAAUGGAGCUAUGUCGCAAAAAUGAAUGAGCCCCACUAUGGUCAUGCUGGAACGGUGUAUGGGGGAUUAAUGUAUAUUUCAGGGGGAAUUACCCAUGAUACUUUCCAAAAGGAACUUAUGUGUUUUGACCCUGACACAGACAAAUGGACUCAGAAAGCUCCGAUGACGACAGUCAGAGGUCUGCACUGCAUGUGUACUGUGGGAGACAAGCUGUAUGUUAUUGGUGGAAAUCACUUUAGAGGAACGAGUGAUUAUGAUGAUGUUCUAAGCUGUGAAUAUUACUCACCAACUCUAGACCAGUGGACUCCAAUUGCUGCCAUGUUACGUGGGCAGAGUGAUGUUGGGGUUGCUGUCUUUGAAAAUAAAAUCUAUGUUGUUGGAGGAUAUUCUUGGAAUAAUCGGUGCAUGGUGGAAAUAGUUCAGAAAUACGAUCCAGAAAAAGAUGAGUGGCAUAAAGUAUUUGACCUUCCCGAAUCACUCGGUGGCAUUCGAGCCUGCACUCUUACUGUUUUCCCACCGGAGGACAAUACAGGGUCACCGUCUAGAGAAUCUCCUCUUUCAGCACCUUAGAAACGUCCCUCGACUUAUGAUGUUGUAGUAACACCUUUGCACUGCAUCAUGGAGUCUUAUUAUUUUUCUUCAGUAGUUUCUGUUGGGCUUAGCCUACAGCAUUUUGUACAAUUACUGGAAAAAAAAAAAAAGACUUUGACGUUAUUUGUGCUGUUUGUUUGGCCUAGAAUGUUUGUCAAGUGGUUAACAAAACAAGAUGUACUCACCCGAGCCAAAUGUUUAACAAAUGAGAAGAUAUUGUCUAUAAAAUGUAUGAACUAGGUACGUUAUUAAUGUUGUGUAUUGGGUGUGAGGUACCUUAUAGAUUACAUUUGGAAGCCCCCCGAGUCAAAUUUGAAGACUUUGUCUUGAACACGUUCUUUCACUAAAUUUCAUAGCCGAAAUCCUUUUUCCAUUUGAUUGCGACUGCAGAUUACGAGGGGAGGUAGACCACAUCAAGGUAAACUAUGACAGAAGGUUGCCAAGGGGCCUGAGCUACCUCCCUCUUUUCACGGAGUAUUUUUGACAUAUCUGUUUGCCCACCUGACUUUGUGGGUGCUUUCAGAACAUAUGAAGUUUCUUAUGCAGAGGAGAGAAAUAAAAUAAUUUUAAAAUAUUAGCACUAUACAGGAAGCGGACCUUGUAGAGGCCGAGCGUUUUUUAUAACAUAUAGCGAGUGUUUUUCCUGAGUCGGUUGAGUGAUGCUUCAAACAAAAGAUUUAAAACGUUUGGAUUUUUUUAAUUUGGGUUUUUUUCAGGAAUUGCCUUCCGCUUGCACGGGAGCACACACUAUUAACAAAUGGGAAUUCAGUGCAGUUGUAUAUUCUGUUGUACGCCUGUACUGAAUAUAGGUAGAUAAGGGCUAGGAACAUUAACUUAAGCCACUGAAUUUGACCAAAUCGUUCCAUCAGAUCAAAUUUAAUCUACCUUUUCUCCUUUGCUGUUGAGAGAACUUGCAUAAUGUGUCCUCUGUAUAGUCUCAGUUAAUAAGGUUAUUUAGCACAAAGUGCAGCUUCGGCGAGAGAGCUGCUUUUGCUCAGUGAACUUGGACUACCACAUUUUACCUUCUUUUGUUCAAUAAAACUUUAAACUGCA